AUGAUGAAACUUAUUUUAGGGAUAACAGCAUCGCUCUGCAUAAAUUCAUCACUGGCAUUUACAGGAUGGUCCAAUACACAAUCAGCAUCUAGAAGAUCCACAUCGAUUCUUCGCGAAGCUCCAACAACUUCUAUUGCGGAUUUGGAAUCUGCCCUUGACGGCUGUCGGUCGGAUAUCACCAAGACUUGCAACGUGGCAGUUGGUGUCAGCUCCACAACGGGUCGGUUGGGACUGAUGGCUACUUCCAAUAUCCGUAAGGGUGACAUUAUUCUGAACAUGCCCUAUGAUGAUCGCUACCAACUGUCGGCCACCACUUCACGAAAUGAGGUUUUCAAAGGGAUUCUGGCAGACAAAUAUGACGGCUGGACAGGAGAUGCUGGACUUAUUGCAUUAAUGUUACUGAAUGAAGUGGCACGAGUCGAUGGGACUGGUGUAGCUCGCCCUGAGCGACCAUCAAAUAUGCAGUCCUUCAUGAAAGCUUGGGUCCAAUCCUUGCCCUCACCUGAUGAAUUGAAAGAAGGGCAUCCUCUGAUGUGGUCCGAAGUGGAUCAAGAAGUUUUGCAAUCAUCGUCCAACACUAAGAUUUAUCAAAAACUAGAUGACUUGGAAGAAGAUGCUACUUGGCUGGUCGAAAACGUCUUCUCCAAAGAUCGAAAAACAUUCCCUGAAACUGUACAAUUUAAUGGUCAAGAGAUUCCGUGCUUCACGGUCAAGGGAUACGCUUGGGCCAUGGCACUGACACAAUCCCGUACUGUCUUCGUGGAUGGAAAGCUGAGAUUGCUACCCAUGUUUGACUUUUGCAAUCACAAAGAUGGCGCAGUAGAAAUCUCAGGAGGGUACAUGGGUACUUUCAAGACGACGCAAGGAGCCCAGCUGAAAGCGAACCAAGCCUACAAGGAAGGAGAGGAAGUAUUCUGCAGUUAUGGUCCAAAGAGUGCAGCUGACUACUUGCUGGAACAUGGAUUUUGUCCGCCGCUCUGCUGGAAGACUGCUGUUAGUGAAAUCACACUGGAGUUGACUUCCGAAGAUCGAUUCUACGAUGACAAGUUGGAUAUUUUGGAAUUUGAAACCUAUGACCAAGCACCCAUGGAUCCAUCUCAAUCUUUUGAUGUAGUGAGCGCUCCUGGAAGAGACGGAGAGCCAGAUCCUGCCAUGAUUCAAUUUGCCCGACUUCGGGCCUUGGGUGGCCAGGAUGCCUUUUUGUUGGAAAGUAUCUUUCGAAAGGAAGUCUGGGGCUUCAUGUCCCUUCCAGUGAGCGAGCCCAAUGAACUGGCAGUUGUGACUUCAAUCUGUGGUGUUGUUGAGAAAGCACUUGAAGAACUACAACAGUCCCCCGAGGGAGGCCCUGAAGUAUGUACCCAAUUGCGAGAGUCCGAAACAAAGGCUCUGAAACGAACGCUGGAGUAUCUGGAGCGCGAAAAGCAAGCAUUGGACCUGAAGGAAUAUUACCAGGAGCGACGAUUGAAAGACUUGGGAUUGGACUCCGAAUGGUCUCCAGAAGACGACAUUGGCAUGGACGAGGACAUGGGAUUCGGAGCAACGCGUGCUCCUGGUGGGGCUGAUUACGACUUCUAA